UUCUAGACAUGGUUCAUUAGGAAGAUCACUAAGGCGGAUCUUUGAGAAAGGAAACUGGUAUUUAAAGACAUUUGCUCAAAAAGUUUAGACAGCAAUAUUUGUCUGUUGUUCUGCUAACAGUUAAGCACUUCUCUAGCACUGGAGUUAUACCCAUCACCAGGUCCUUGUGUAUAUUAAACUACUGAGUCAAACUAAGGAGGUCCAGAACGCUUUUCAUAAUUAAAACCUUGUAACAUUUUGUUAGCUUAGAAGAGCAAAACUUUUAAUAUUCUUGAGAAAUGGCUUUAGAGGCAUGUCGAAGUUGUUUGAGUUGUCUGCUGAUACCUCUUGCACUUUGGAGUAUUGUUGUUAAUGUCCUAUUAUACUUCCCUAACGGGAAUGCUUCAUAUGCCACCAGUUUCCAGCUUCCCAACUAUGUGUGGUAUUUCGAAGGGAUCUGUUUCUCAGGUGUGAUGAUCCUUCUCUUGGCAGUAAUUCUCAUAGCUCUGGAGUGUAGUGUGUUCCAUCAGUGCUGCCAGAGUGAGAGCUGUAAUAAAACCUACAGGAGUUUUAUUUCAAUUGUGUUAGCCCUGCUUGGAGUUGCUUUCUCUGGAUACAGUUGCAUCAUUUUUACCUUGGGAUUGAUCCAAGGCCCAUUCUGCAAUUCAUCAAAUGGAUGGGACUACAUCUUCAAAAAUACUGUUGGAGGGUACCUCACAGAUUACUCUGCUUGGUCACAGUGCACUGAACCUGCUAAUGCAGUGGAAUGGAACAUCAUUUUACUCUCUAUUCUGAUAGCUCUUAGUGGACUGCAGUUGAUCAUCUGUUUUCUCAAAGUGGCUGCUGAGUUGAAACGGACACUCUGUGGGACCUAUUCUGUUUUUGUUCAGGUUAUUGAAAUGAUAACUGAGAGGGCUCUGCUUUGGCACAAGAAUUAGUUCAAAUUCCAGAGUUCAAGUGACUGAUGCACACCAGUUUUAAGUGAUGUGUUCUACUGGCAUUCACUUUCCCUGACUUUGGAGGUAAGGUGAAAUGAGGGAUGCUUACUUCUCCCUGUCCAUCUGCACUCGAAUGAAACAAGGUUUUUAUGUAGCUAGCAGUAUCAGUGUUGACAGAACAUUCAAGAAAGAUUUCUGGGUCAGGGAAAGCAACAAUGCCCUAAAAACAUGUAUGUGCACCCACAUGCACACACAUAUAUGUACACCUGCACACGCACACACACACACACCUGACACCACACACAGUGUGGGGGGGUAUCUUCAACAUGUAAGCUUUCUUGCAAAUGCUUUGGGAAGCAGUGUGGGGAGGCCAGGGCAGGUAGGAUGGCAGUGACUACAUAGUGCAAGCAUCCUUGAACGGUGCUGAGCAGCAUGUUCAGAGAAGCUGUGAGUGCCAUGGAGGGCCUUGGGCAAGCAGACAAGGAAGCGUUGCUUGUAGGACUUGACUAUAACAGCAGCCUAUAAUGAGGUCAUGGCCUGAGGCAGUUUCUCUCAAAAACAUGUUUCUUGCCAGAGAAAGAAACCUGAAAACCAACCUAGCUUUCAGUGAAGUCGAAAAGAAUAUCUUCCCGUGGGAGCAGAAGGGUCACCUCUUGUGCCCUGAAUGUAUGUUGAAUUUAGGUUGGAUAUGGAUAUUUAAGAGUCAAACAACUUCUAAAUUGAGUUGAAAAAAGCGAGUCUUCCACUUCAUUCCUUUUUUUUUGUUU